UGGAGUUUAGACAAGCGGAGGGAGCAAAAUGGCGGAUGAAGAUAUUACGCUUGAUGGGAAACCUCUACAAUCGCUUCGAGUCGCGGAUUUAAAAGCCGCUCUGGAGCAAAGAAACCUCUCAAAGAGCGGGCAGAAAAACACACUCAUUAAGCGACUGAAAGGGGCUCUGAUGCUGGAAAAUCUUCAGAAGUCAUCCUCCUCUCACAGUGGGCUGCAGCCCAACUCACAGAUAGGUGAGGAGAUGAGCCAGAAUAGCUUCAUAAAACAGUACCUGGCCAAACAGCAGGAGCUCCUUCGCCAGAGACUGGAGAGAGAGGCCCAGCAAGAUGAAGAUGCAGACGAAAGCCCAGCAGUGCCGGAGGAUGAUGAAGACCACUCGGAGGACAAUGACAGCUCUUCCUCUGACAAGAUUGACUCCAUUAUUUUUGCCCAGCUGCAUCACUCCAUACCCUCCCAGCCCUCAAUGACCAGGGUGGAGGAGAAAGGAGGAGGAGAUUCAGUGAUGGGUCAUGGGAUGAUGGCAUGUGGCCCUGACAUGGGCCCCGGCCCUACCCUCCACCCCCAGGAGUCCCUUGAGGCUCCAGGAGCUAGGAUGCAGCGAGCCACCUUUCAUCAAGGACAUAAGGAGCCACCAGCCCCCUCUCCACCCCGCGCCGUAGCCUCCCUGUCAGUGCGAGUCCUGGGCCAGCCUGACCGCCAGGGGCUGCCCCCUGCCGUACCCCGAGCCCAGGAGAAGGAGGGCACCGCACCAAGUGAACCAGGAUCAGCUCAUCCUGUCCUUCACCUUAGCCGAUCUGCCGGGGUCUCAGCAGGGGCUCACGUCCAUGAGGACAAUGAUGAAGACGACGAGGGUGAAGACGACAGCGAGGAUGACGAGGAUUGGGGGCCUGGUCCUGGCGGGGUGCGAAAGGGCAACAGAGUACCUCCCCAGCCACAGCAGAUGCCCCCCAGUGCCCCAUCAACAGUUGCAAGAUCCAAACGCAAGCUUCAGCCUCCGCAGCACAUCCCACCACCACAGGCACACCACACCCCAAUGCAACUGCGCCACCCCACUCCUCCUCCCUCUCCACCCCCUGACCUGUUUCCCCUACCUGACACUCCCAAGCAGAGCCCACCAGACACAGACGAGCAGGAGGGAGAAGCCCCUGAGGCUGCACGUGGUCCGAGGGUGGCACCUUUCCCAGCUCCCACCAUGCAGAGGCAAGACUCUGACUCAAGCUCUCGUUCCAGCAGUCCUGAGCCCUCUAUGAAGCGCAGGCCAGGGCCCCUUUCUCUACUCGUACACAAGAUGGAGUCAGAGGGGGCUUUCCGUGCAGUGGAGGCCACCUCAGCUGCGGAUAUGUCAGGAGAGACAGCACACUCCACUACUGGGUCGGCCAGUUCCAGUGAAUCUCCACUGCAAAGAUUGGAGAGAAAGAGGCUACAGGAGAACAGAGAGAUGGAGGAAGAAAGGCGACUGAAGGAGAAGGAGAGAGAAAGAAGGAAGAUACAAGAACAGGAGAGAGAGAAGAAACGCUUGGAAGACGAGAAGGAAAAGGAGAGGAAACGACAGGAAGAGGAGGAGAAACAGCAUCAGAAAGAGGAGCGAGAAAAAGAGAGAAAACAUCAGGAAGAGGAAAAAGAAAAAGAGAGAAAACACCUGGAUGAGGAGAAGAGCAGAAAGGAGAAACUGCUAAAGGAGAAGUACAAGAGAAAGGAGACAGCCAACAAAGACAGGGUGGCUGUGACUGAGGCCCAAGAUUCAGGUUCCUCAUCAGAUUCUGACUCCAAAUCAGCCUCCUCUCCACGCUCAUCACAAUCCUCCUCCUCCUCCGGGGAUAAAACCCGCCCUGCCAUGCAGCUGAAGAAGGCAGACCAAGGACAAGAAGCAGAGGACGAGAAAAAGUCUAACCUGAGUAAAGGGGCAGAGAAACGAUACCUUUCAAAGAGGGAGGUGUCGGAGCCCAGCGCAGCUGCCGUGACAGAGGUGGAACCAGACUCUGAGAGCUCUAUGGCCCAGCAGCCGCCAUCCGGGGCUGAGCCAGAGAACAGCAAGGGCCGCCUGGAGGAGAGCACCACUCCUAAGGCCUUUGCUGCUCGCAAGAUAUCCUUGACCAGCAGUAAGACGUCCCCAGCCACCACAGAUGGAGGAGCAGGAGAGCCCGAGACAGGAACUGCAGCAGGGAGGAAGAGGCGGUGGGGCUCCAGCACAUCAGUGACUACUAAGAAACCAUCCAUCAGCAUCACCACUGACUCACUGAAGUCUUUGAUCCCAGACAUCAAAGUGAACCAGGAGGCAGUGGUGGAGCUGCACCCAGAGGAGCUGCAACUGUCUGGGGACGAAGAGAGCCCGGACACCGGCCAUGGUGACCAGGACAAAGGCCUCAAGAUCCGACGCACCGUCACACAGGUCGUUCCAGGUGACAGCCAGGAAAAUGGACAGACAAAUGAAGAGGAAGAGGUGGAGAAAACAGAGAAAGAAAAACAACGCAGGACUUCAAGAGACAAAAGAAAGAACAGUGUUUCUGAGGAAGCCACAGAAACACAGACAUUUGUCAAGCUCGAUGGAGAGGCAAAGAAAGUUACCCCCAGCGACAGUCUGGUGCGUCGCUCCAUAAGUCAACAGAAGUCUGGCGUGUCCGUCACCAUCGAUGACCCUGUCCGCACAACCAGGCAGCCCUCGCCACCUCAUGGCAAAGUCUCAAAUAUCAUCCAUGUAACCAACCUGGUACGACCCUUCACCUUGGGCCAACUCAAAGAGCUGCUGAACAGGACGGGCAGCGUGGUGGAAGAGGGCUUCUGGAUCGACAAGAUCAAGUCUCACUGCUUUGUCACAUACGCUACGACAGAGGAGGCAGCCACCACCAGAGCUGCACUCCACGGGGUCAAAUGGCCUCCAAGCAAUCCCAAGGUCCUCAGCGUCGACUUCUGUGAGCAGAAUGAGCUUGACUUUCACAAAGGUGUCCUGAAGCCAGAAAAGGAGGAGGACCAUGUUGCCCAGCCAGGUGGUCCUCAGAACCGGCUGCCCCCUCUGAUGCCUGAGCGGGACAGAGACAGAGAAAGAGACCGUGACAGGGACAGGGAGCGUGACCGAGACCGGGAACGGGACCGAGGCGUGGGCGGAGAGCGGGAUCUGUGGGCAGAGCGGGAGAGAGAGAUGGAGCGCCGGGAACGAGCCCGUGGCGAGCGGGAAUGGGACCGGGAUAAGGUUCGGGAAUUUGCACGACCGGGAGAGGACGGACAACGAUCUCGCUCCAGAGACAGAGAGCGGAGGAGGAGGGAGAGGGCCAAGAGCAAGGAGAGGAAGACUGAUAAGAAGGAGAAAGGAGAUGAGCCACCUGCCAAACUGCUAGACGACUUGUUCCUCAAGACCAAAGCAGCUCCAUGUAUAUACUGGCUUCCCCUCACUGAGGAGCAGGCGACGCAGAGGCUUUUGGACCGCACAGAGCGGCAAAAGGAGCGCGAACGAAGGCGCAAGGAGCAGCAAGAGGAGGAGGAAAAGAAGCGUGAAGAGGAGAGGAAAGAGAGGCUGAAGGGUCGGGAGAAGGACGGCAGCGUGACAGCGAGCAGCGGAGCAGCUGGGCGAGCACCCGACGGAGACAGAGAGAGGGGCCGAGACAGAGAGGGGGACAAGAAGAGGGACAGCAGCCACCGACCCAGACGACCCUCUGCAGGCGCUGGCAGUGGACGGCGCUCCCGUAGCCGUAGCAACCCCAGGGACAGACGCCGCUGAGGGCCGAGCAGCUGCAGGGAAAGCUGGAGAGAGAGAGAGAGAGAGAGAGAGAGAGAGGGGACGUGGCUUAGUGGAGGACACUGCAGACAGGAAGUCUUGGGAGGGAGCGUUUCCACUUGGAGAUGCAUUUCUCUUGCCUCAAGUUCAGGACUUGUGUCUGCUCCUCGCUAUCCGCCCCACGUGCUUUAAUUCGUCCACUUUGACGCCAGCAUUGUCUUCCACACACUUCUGCCGUUCCCACCCCCAACUCGUUUAUGUCAAUUUACACAGAAAAUGUUGAUUUACACGUUUUGUUAAUAGUUAAACGAUGGAUCACCUAGCUCCAAUCCCCCCACUCUUCUGUUUCUUUCUCUUUCUGUCUUCCAGAAGCAAAAGUCAGUCCUUUCCCUCUGUAGAGAGCAGCGUUCCUCCUCGUCUCCGUGUAGUGCGGUUUAAUUCUCCUCUGUUGAAGAAAAGAAGCAGAGAGGGUGGUGGUUUUUUGGCUCGCCUCAGCAUUUUGUCCCACUGAGGUUUGGGAGCCUGCCUCUUUAUUUUAGUUCUGCGGGUGCAGUUCCUUCCUCCUCAGAGCCCUGUAAUAAAACCAGUCCAAAAUAGAUCCCUGACCUUCAAAUAUUUUCUAGGAUCAGUUUUAGUGUUCUCUCUUCAGCACUGAGAUUUCUUUUUUAAUUAACAGAUAUCUUUGUCAAAGUGAGGAAAGUUGUUUUGUUUUGUUGAACUUUUAUGAAUCAUGUUAAUUUUUUCAGCCUUGGAGGUUGUUGUGUGCUACAGCAGGUGAUGUUUGCGAGUAAUAACCUUCAUCUCCCUCUCCCACGGCAAUACAAUGGUAUCGAAGUCUCAACACUGUAACCUAGGAAAGUGUGUGAUAGGAAGAGACGUGAUAUUAUGUGUUGCGGUGAUUCAGGAGACAUGCCCCAAGUUUAUCUUUAGUGGAUGUUUUUGCAGAUGAGAAAGGGAGGAUAUAAAAUUCUUGUCAAGUGGUUUAUUCUGUAAUAAUUAAGGGAAGCUGACCUUCCCUGCACCGAAGUCUCCAUUUGGAAAUCCCUCCUCUCCCCUUCAAUCGUAUAUAUUUCAGAGUAAGUUUACCUUCUAAUAGAGUAAUGGCUACAAUUUUAAUCUUUUAGUUCGAAACAGUUGUUUUAUUGCUUUUCUUCUUCUGCAAGUGCUGAAUGUACCGAGAAUUUAAAAGAAUAAAUUUAAAUUGGUUAUCA